AUGACCACGAUGGAUGAUCCCAUAUCGAUGACCACACUGGACUCAGUUCUCUCACAACUCCCUAUCGAUCCAUCAUUACAGGACGACAGUCCAUCCUGUGUACCAUCAGCAUCAGGCUCGAUCUCACCAGAUUCUUCGUCAUUGCCACCGACACCAGGACCAUCCAGUGCGUCAGAGUCUCGAUCGACACCUCCUACAUCUACUGCAGCGAGCUCCCUCACGAAGACAUCCAAGAGGAAGAGGAAGAGCACUAUCACCAGCACUAGCACCGAAGAGAUGGAGAACGAUGAUGAGGAACCCAGGAAGAAGAAAGGCAGGAAACCUUUAUUAGCGAAGAGGAUGGAAUGGAAUGAUAUACCUGAUUGGACAGAUAGGAAGGAUUGCCCACUUCUGGAGCUUCCCAGAGAGAUACUGGACUUAUGCUUUGGAUUAGCUGUUGAUGUUGGUUUGUCUAUGAGAGACUAUAUCUCCCUUGCUGGUGUCUGCAGACUGUUCAGACAUCGUAUGACUGAUAAGGUCUUCAAAGAGCUGUACUGCGCCGCGAAAGGUAAUAGUCAUAUUCCUAAACCCUCAAGCACCCAUUCUCAUCGAAUAUUCACUGGUACCUCUCCACCGGAAUGGCAGUAUCCCAAGAAAGAGCGAUUCGCUUAUCCCUUGAAAGCCGAUCACUAUAUCCCCAGAGGACCUAGAUCACAUUGGACGGAAGCGCAGUAUACAGUUUACAAAGAAGAGCAGUAUUUCUUGAGAUCUAAGCUUCGACUUGACAAAGCUGCUCAAGAGAAGCGAGAUCAGGAUUACAAACGAAGGAUAUACGGGAGAGAUGAAGGUGAGGAGAGGGAGCAAACUUCGGUUCAGCUUGGAGGAAUGAAUAGAAGGAUCAUUGGCAGAGUCAGAGGAAGAGAGAAUGGUGCACCACCCGUAUGGAAAGAUGAUCAUGGUAAACCCGAUGAAGAGUAUUAUCUGGAAAUCAACAGGAAAGACAACAAUUCAUUGACUACGAAGAAAGAACAGAAGUUAUCAGAUACGGUGCCUACCAAAGUUCCUGAUUCAUUCAGCAAACGAUUGAAGAAGAAGAUCGAGGAUGUUAGAAGCAAAACAGUAGGUGGAGUAUGGAAGACACCUCUAGAAUCUGAUGAUGAUGAUCAUGAAGAAGAUUAUGAUGUUCCGCAAUCCGCUUCUGAAAAUGCUUCGAAGGUUAUGUGGGCUAGUGAGUACAGGAAGAAAGCUGUACAAGCGGCUCAUUCGAAACAUAUCGGUAAAUCUGAAGCGAUGAGAGAGUUCAAGAUUACCGAUGCUGAAUUGUUGUGCUUGAAACAUAUGUUGGUGCCCAAUUCUAUGAACAAGAAGAGCCCCCAGCAAAUAUUUUGGUACUCGGCUGUUGAAGCUCUAGCCUAUCGCUCACACGGAGGUCCAAUCGGGCAUCGAUCACAUGUUCAACGAUGGUACGCUAUGAACGAGAAGAAUCUCAGUACCCGAAGAAACAAUAAGCAGAAAGCUAUGGAAGCUGGAACUUUUAAACUGAGACAGAGGAAACAUCGAUUGUUACCUUCGGAAUGGCAUCGGGCUGUAAAAGAGGAGCCAGUUGCGUCUUCAGCUACAGGUACCUCGGGCAAAGGCAAAAGGAGAGCAGAUGAAGAAGGGGAUGCGGAUGAAGGCAACGAUGGCAAUGACAAUGAAAAUGAGAGUGUAGAUGCGGAUGGAAAUGAGGAUGCGGACAAGGAUGGCCAUGCAGAUGGACCGGCAGGUGAAAGUGCAGGUGAAAAUGAAGAUUUCAAUAUGGAUGGAAACGAUCAAGACAAAGACGCGAAAGCAGAUAAAAGAAAAGGUGAAGGAGCUGAAGAGGUUGAAGAUGAAGAUGAAAAAGAUAAAAAGGAGAAUGCACAAUGGUGUAAAGCAGGAUGCAAAUGUUGGAAAGAUCCUUUCCCCCGAUGUAGCUCUUGGAGCAACGCUUCGCAUGAAAUGGGCGAAUAUAAAAGUGAUGAAGAGGAUGAGGAUAAUGAUUAG